UAAACUAUACCAGAUUCGGAGCACGAGCAACAUCUGGGAACUACGACUCAGCCCCUGACUGUUCGACGAAACUGUUAUGCUAAUUUUCCAGUUGGUAUUCGCUCUGCAUGUGAAGCUGAUAAUAUGAGUAGAAAUAUUCUAAAAAGGGUCCUAGAAUAUCAUAUAUAUAGCAGAUCCUGACCACGAUGUUCCGAUUUAGAUCUACCUCAGGGCUGUCCUCUCGUUUCUCGACACAUAACUAUUAUAAAUAGUUCAAGAUGUUACCUAAUUGUCGUGGCUUCAUUACGACUUUUGGGCUAUUGUCGAUAUGUUCUGGCGCAGAAGGCACUUCGAGUCAGAAUGCGAUAAUUACCAACUCAUCACUACCUGUCGUGGAUCUUGGUUACGAAUGUCAUCAAGCUAUAAGCCUCAAUGAGACAGGCGGUUAUUAUAACUUCUCGAAUAUCCGAUACGCCGAACCACCUAUAGGAAAUCUCCGUUUCAGGGCACCAGUUGAACCUCCGAGCCAAGAUAAAUGUGUUAUCACCGAUGGAUCGAUUGGCCGCGUCUGUCCCAAAUCUUCCGGCAAUUGGACCAUCAUCGCCUCUCAGUUUGCGAAAAGCUAUCUCGCGGGGUUACCCUUCAACUACGAUUUGGCCGAGAGCUUGCUAUCCGAUUCGCCAGCAGCAGUCAGUUCCGAUCCUAGAACCACCGAGGAUUGUCUAUUUUUAGAUGUCAUUGCGCCGCGGUCCGCUUUCGCCGGGAAUGGCCCCGGUCUUCCGGUGCUCAUUUGGGUCUAUGGCGGCGGAUACUCUUCGGGCGAGAAAACGGGAAACGGAAAAUUUAAUCCGGCCGGCCUCUUAGCAGCCAGUAGCAGUGAUUCUGGUUUCGUCUUCGUAGCAAUAAACUAUCGACUUGGUGCUUUCGGGUGGCUAGGCGGCGAUGAAGUUGGCGCUGAUGGGACGCGGAAUGCUGGGCUGUAUGACCAGCGCCUUGCUUUUAAAUGGGUCCAGAAACAUAUUCAUCUUUUUGGAGGUGAUAAAGAUCGUGUCACAGUCAUGGGUGCUUCUGCUGGCGCCGGUUCUAUUAUGCAUCAUAUUACCAGCUUUGGGGGUGUUGAGGAAGCGCCGGGUUUCAACCAAGCAAUUUUAUUCUCGCCUGCAUUUCUCCCUGCGCCAACAGACUAUAUUCCAACUAUGUCGUUCGACGACCUGAUGCAAAUGACGAACGUUACGUCACUGGAUGACUUACGAUCUUUAUCGAGCGAGACACUUAUUGAUGCCCAUGCUCUGCAGAUAUACAGUCACGCUCCGUAUGGAAGCAAUAUGUACGGGCCAUCAGUUGACGGCUCUUUCGUGCCUGCUUUGCCGGGACAACUCUUGGCGAAGGGUUCAUUUCACAAGAACAUUAGCAUCAUGGUCUCGCAUAAUACGCUUGAAGGGCUCAUAUUCACUAAGCCAUCAAUCAAGACUACUGAGGAUUACCUUGAUAUGCUCCGCGAAGCCAUGCCCACGAUCUCAAAUGAGACCCUGGGAUUUAUCAGCAAUACCUUGUAUCCGGCUGUGUUUAAUGGUACCUAUGGUUAUACAGACCAGUUUCAACGCGCUCUUGUUACUAUCCAAGACAGCACUAUCGUCUGCAAUACGCGAUAUUUAGCUGGCGCGAUGAGUGACCGUGCUUAUGGCAUCCAGUUCGCGGUUCCUCCCGGGAUUCACGGGGAAGAAACCGCGUACAUAUUUCAGAAUGGUGCAACAUCUGGUGUGGCUCAAAAUGUGGCAGAUAACCUUCAGCAAUACAUCGUCAGUUUUGUCAUGAACUCGGUUCCUACUGAUGUUAAUGGGUUGCGUAUGCCUCUUUAUGGAAAUGCAGCACAGUUGACAAGCAUGGAUGCGUCUGGUUCUACUGUGGUUAAGGAUGAUACUGCUAAUUCGCGAUGCUCCUGGUGGCAACAAGCGCUAUACGCCUGAGAGAGUCGUCCAAUUUAGGGGAUCAAGGAUAGGUUUAGGGGGGUUCAAUGGUGUUACUAGCGUGAUCCAUGGUGCUAAUAGCGCUGAUAGGAAUCGAACCUAUCCCCGCUAAUAGCCCCUAGUCUCUCCCAAGUCCAGCCCCUCGGGUGAUUUGUGGGGGUACUUUUGUCCCCCGCCCCCUCUUAAUCCCCACCAUAUAACCCCGCUGUCAGCCCUACGAACAGGGUCUAA